CCCUCCCUAUAAAUUAGCUCUAAAUUCUUACAUUUUUCAUAUCAACUCAGCAAGUUAAUAUUCUAAGUGUUUCCUACUUUAGUCAAGUUUCCUUCUCUCCAUUCUGAAAAGCACACACUAGUUACAUUUUUCCUAGAAAAAACAAUGGACCGAGUUAAUGAGUUGGCAAAGUCUAAGGCAGCUGUUAUAUUUGUGAAGAGCUCAGAUUGUAUGAGUCAUAGCAUCAAAACCCUCUUCUAUGACCUUGGAGCAAGCCCUGCAGUCUAUGAGAUCGACCGCGAUCCGAGAGGCCGAGAACUCGAGCUCGCCUUGCAGAAGCUAGGCUGUAAGCCUACCGUCCCUGCAAUCUUCAUCGGCGGCAUGUUCGUCGGAUCUGCCAAGGACGUUCUUGCUGCUCAUCUCACUGGCGCACUCAAAGACAUGCUCAUUGCUGCUAAAGCUAUAUGGUUCUAGCAAUAUUUACAUCCAAAAUCGGAUGUAUAUAUAUAUAUAUAUAACAACGAUCUUAUCUUUUAUUUUCUUUUGUAACAUGCAUGGUGGAAACCGGAGAAUCUGGCCACCAGUUGAGUUUGAAAAGAAGUGUAGCAAUUUUCAAGGGCUUUUAUUUUUGUUAGCUCUUGGUAAUUGCAUUUCGCGAUGAACAAUGUAAUGUAAAUUAAAGGAGACUUACAAAAGGCUUCAUAUAUAUAUAUUUAUAUAUAUAUCGCUUGAAUGA